AUGGAAUGUCAAACGUCACUGAUGAGCAGCCAAUCAGUAGGCAGCUCUCAGACUUCGCUUGAAAUUGUGUUCUUUUUUCUGCUCUUCUUCUUCUUCUACUACUACUUCUUCCUUUCCCGCUUUCAGUAUUCGUUCACAUCUGCGGUUAUUUCUUCGCUCACUCAUUCACCCACAUUCUUCCUAUCCGCGACUCUUGUAUCAAUGUAUAUUGUAUAUUGUACAUCAGGAGCUGCCGUACUUGUACUCCUAAUCCCUAACACCGUGAACGACAGACAAGUGCAGUGUAAAAUGGCUUAUCUAGAAAAGACGUCGUCGUCUUCUUCUUCUUCUUCUUCUUCUUCUUCUUCUUCUUCUUCUUCUUUUACUUCUUCUUCUUUCAAGACACAAACAAUCAUGUUCGGCUCCAGAUCCAGUUUUCCAACCUCUGAGGGGGCAUCCAGUUCUCAGAAAGUCUUUUAG